AUGGCUCUGGCCCGUCCUCCCUUGGCCCGGCUGGGAUUGUCUGCCUCCACCGCCCGAGUCCGCCCAUCCACGCUGGCUCCCCCCACUUUCAAAGCCCCUCCCUUUUCAUUCCCCUCCAAGAUUCCUUCCAUCUCUCGUGUUGCUCUUGUCUCCAGACACUUCUCGUCUGCAGCUCCCACCAUGUCUUACUCCGUCCGCAAGAUUGGCCAGCCCUUCACGCUGGAGCACCGUGUCUUCAUCGAGAAGGAUGGUGUGCCCGUCUCUCCCUUCCACGACAUUCCCCUCUACGCCAAUGAGCAGCAGACCAUCCUGAACAUGGUUGUUGAGAUCCCUCGCUGGACCAAUGCCAAGCAGGAGAUCUCCAAGGAGGACUUCCUGAACCCCAUCAAGCAGGACACCAAGAAGGGCAAGCUCCGCUACGUCCGCAACUGCUUCCCCCACAAGGGCUACCUCUGGAACUACGGUGCCUUCCCCCGCACCUGGGAAGACCCCAACACCGUCCACCCCGAGACUAAGGCCAAGGGUGACAAUGACCCUCUGGAUGUGUGCGAGAUUGGCGAGCUGGUCGGCUACCCUGGCCAGGUCAAGCAGGUCAAGGUGCUUGGUGUGAUGGCUCUCCUGGACGAGGAGGAGACCGACUGGAAGGUCAUUGUCGUCGACAUCAACGACCCCCUGGCUCCCAAGCUUAACGACAUCGAAGACGUUGAGCGCCACCUCCCCGGUCUCCUGCGAGCCACCAACGAGUGGUUCCGUAUCUACAAGAUCCCCGACGGCAAGCCCGAGAACCAGUUCGCCUUCUCCGGCGAGUGCAAGAACAAGAAGUACGCCGAGGACGUUAUCCGCGAGUGCUCCGACGCCUGGGAGAAGCUUAUCACCGGCAAGGCUCCCCGCGGCGAGAUCAGCCUCGCCAACGUGACUGUGGACAACUCGGUCGAGCGUGCUGAGCAGAGCCAGCUGGCUUCCAUCCCCCGCGGCGAGAACCUGCCCCCUGCUCCCACCGACGGCAGCAUUGACAAGUGGUUCUUCAUCUCCGGUGCUGCGGUGUAA